GCGCGGGGGGCGGGCCGCGCCGGGCGGAGCCGGGGCCCGGGCCGCUGCCGGACUCGGAGCCCGAGGGAGCGAUCGGCGCGCAGGCAGCCGAGUCCCGGGCGCACUCCGGGGGCGCGGCGAGGUCGAGGGGGCGGGCGCCGGGCGGAGCCGGAGCCGCAGCCGGGGCGCCUGGAGGCGAUCGGGCCGCUCUCUCCGAGCUCAGGGCAGCGGAGAGCCGGUGCGGCGGGGGUCGGGGCCGGAGCGCAGCUCCGGGGCUGAGGUGGGCCGAGAGGAGCCGCGGUCCGAGGGGCCGGAGCGGCGCCGGGACCCUCCCCAGGGGCGCGGAGGCCGGGUGGGCCCGGGCCAUGCGCGCCGCUCGCUGAGGCCAAGGGAGGCCGCGAUGGAGGUGCCGGCGGGGGAGCCCCCGGCCCGGGGCUGCGGUCCCCCGCCCGCGCCCGCCCCGGAGAGGAAGAAGAGCCACCGCGCGCCGUCGCCGGCCCGGCCCAAGGACGUGGCCGGCUGGUCUCUGGCCAAGGGCCGCCGAGGCCCAGGCCCCGGCGCCGCAGCCGCCUGCAGCGCCGCGUCCUCCGCGCGGCCCGACAAGAAGGGGCGCGCAGUGGCGCCCGGGGCGCGGAGCGCGGGGACGCGAGUGGCCGGGGUCCGCACCGGGGUUCGCGCCAAGGGCCGCCCGCGCCCGGGCACCGGGCCGCGACCGCCGCCCCCGCCGCCCAGCCUCACCGACAGCAGCUCGGAGGUGUCGGACUGCGCGUCGGAGGAGGCGCGCUUGCUGGGCCUGGAGCUGGCGCUGAGCAGCGACGCCGAGUCCGCGGCCGGGGGCCCGGCGGGGGCCCGCACCGGGCAGCCGCCCCAGCCCGCGCCGCCAGCACAGCAGCCCCCGCGGCCGCCCGCCUCCCCCGAUGAGCCGUCGGUGGCCGCGUCGUCGGUGGGCAGCAGCCGCCUGCCACUCAGUGCCUCGCUCGCCUUCUCCGACCUCACCGAGGAGAUGCUGGACUGUGGGCCCGGCGGCUUCGUGCGGGAGCUGGAGGAGCUACGCUCGGAGAACGACUAUCUCAAGGAUGAGAUCGAGGAGCUGCGCGCAGAGAUGCUCGAGAUGCGGGAUGUCUACAUGGAGGAGGAUGUGUACCAGUUGCAGGAGCUCCGGCAGCAGCUGGACCAGGCCAGCAAGACCUGCCGCAUCCUGCAGUACCGGCUGCGCAAGGCUGAGCGCCGCAGCCUCCGUGCCGCUCAGACAGGCCAGGUGGAUGGAGAGCUCAUCCGAGGGCUGGAGCAGGACGUCAAGGUCUCUAAGGACAUCUCUGUGCGGCUGCAUAAGGAGCUUGAGACAGUGGAGAAGAAACGGGCGCGGCUGGAGGAGGAGAACGAGGAGCUUCGGCAGCGGCUCAUCGAGACCGAGCUGGCCAAGCAGGUGCUGCAGACGGAGCUGGAACGGCCGAGAGAGCAUUCCUUGAAGAAAAGAGGAACUCGCUCUCUGGGGAAGACAGACAAGAAGCCUUCGGUGCAGGAGGACAGUGCGGACCUGAAGUGCCAGCUGCACUUUGCAAAGGAGGAGUCAGCCCUCAUGUGCAAGAAGCUCACCAAGCUAGCCAAGGAGAACGACAGCAUGAAGGAGGAGCUCCUCAAAUACCGCUCGCUCUACGGUGAUCUGGACAGUGCCCUGUCUGCCGAGGAGCUGGCCGACGCACCCCACUCUCGGGAGACUGAGCUGAAGGUGCACCUGAAGCUGGUGGAGGAGGAAGCCAACCUGCUGAGCCGCCGCAUCGUGGAGCUGGAGGUGGAAAACCGAGGCCUGCGGGCGGAGAUGGACGACAUGAAGGACCACGGCGGCGGCUGCGGAGGCUCGGAGGCACGCCUGGCCUUCUCGGCGCUGGGCGGCGGCGAGUGCGGGGAAAGCCUGGCGGAGCUGCGGCGACACCUGCAGUUUGUGGAGGAGGAGGCGGAGCUGCUCCGACGCUCCUCAGCUGAGCUGGAGGACCAGAACAAGCUGCUGCUGGCCGAGCUGGCCAAGUACCGCUCAGAGCACGAGCUGGAUGUGACGCUGUCGGAGGACAGCUGCUCCGUGCUCAGUGAGCCCUCGCAGGAGGAGCUGGCGGCUGCCAAGCUGCAGAUCGGUGAGCUCAGCGGCAAGGUCAAGAAGCUACAGUAUGAGAACCGGGUGCUGCUCUCCAACCUCCAGCGCUGUGACCUUGCCUCCUGCCAGAGCACACGGCCAAUGCUGGAGACGGACGCCGAGGCCGGGGACUCUGCCCAAUGUGUGCCCGCUGCUCUUGGCGAGGCCCACGGCCCCCAUGCUGCCCGGUUCUGCAGAGCCAGGGAGGCCGAGGUGCUGCCUGGGCUGAGGGAGCAGGCCGCCCUGGUCAGCAAGGCCAUCGAUGUCCUGGUGGCCGAUGCCAAUGGCUUCUCGGCUGGCCUCCGCCUGUAUCUGGACAACGAGUGCACUGACUUUCGGCUGCACGAGGCCCCCGACAACAGCGAGGGUCCCAGGGACACCAAACUCAUCCAUGCCAUCCUGGUGCGGCUGACCAUGCUCCAGCAGGAGCUCAAUGCCUUUACCCGGAAGGCGGACACUGUCCUCGGGAGCUCUGCCAAGGAGCAGCCAGAACCCUUCUCGUCGCUGCCUGCCUUGGGUUCCCAGGGGUCCUCCAAGGAGAUUCUUUUGGCCAAAGACCUUGGCUCAGACUUCCAGCCUCCUGACUUCAGGGACCUGCCAGAAUGGGAGCCCAGGAUACGAGAGCCCUUCCGCAGUGGUGACUUGGACUCCAAGCCCGACCCCAGCCGGAGCUUCAGGCCUUACCGAGCUGAAGACAAUGAUUCCUACGCCUCUGAGAUCAAGGAGCUGCAGCUGGUGUUGGCUGAGGCCCAUGACAGCCUCCGGGGCCUGCAAGAGCAGCUCUCCCAGGAGCGGCAGCUACGGAAGGAGGAGGCCGACAACUUCAACCAGAAAAUGGUCCAGCUGAAGGAGGACCAGCAGAGGGCACUCCUGAGACGGGAGUUCGAGCUGCAGAGUCUGAGCCUCCAGCGGAGGCUGGAGCAGAAAUUCUGGAGCCAGGAGAAGAACAUGCUGGUGCAGGAGUCCCAACAAUUCAAGCACAACUUUCUGCUGCUCUUCAUGAAGCUCAGGUGGUUCCUCAAGCGUUGGCGGCAGGGCAAGAUUUUACCCAGUGAGGGGGAUGACUUCCUUGAGGUAAAUAGCAUGAAGGAGCUGUACCUGCUAAUGGAGGAAGAAGAAUUAAAUGCCCAGCAUUCAGAUAACAAGACCUGUACGGGGGACAGCUGGACCCAAAACACGCCCAAUGAGUAUAUCAAGACACUGGCUGACAUGAAGGUGACACUGAAGGAGCUGUGCUGGCUACUUCGGGAUGAACGCCGUGGUCUGACUGAACUUCAGCAACAGUUUGCCAAGGCCAAGGCCACCUGGGAGACAGAGCGGGCAGAGUUGAAGAGCCAUACUGCCCAGAUGGAGCUGAAGGCUGGCAAGGGGGCUGGGGAGCGGGCAGGGCCCGACUGGAAGGCAGCCCUACAGAGGGAGCGCGAGGAGCAGCAGCACCUGCUGGCGGAGUCCUACAGCGCUGUCAUGGAGCUGACGAGGCAGCUGCAGAUCAGCGAGCGCAACUGGAGCCAGGAGAAGCUGCAGCUGGUGGAGCGGCUUCAGGGUGAGAAGCAGCAGGUGGAGCAGCAGGUAAAGGAGCUGCAGAACCGCCUGAGCCAGCUACAGAAGGCUGCUGACCCCUGGGUCCUGAAGCACUCAGACCUGGAGAAGCAGGACAACAGCUGGAAAGAGACGCGGAGUGAGAAGAUCCUCGACAAGGAGGGGGUUUCUGAAGCUGAGCUUGGGGGAACCGCCUUAAAAAGGACCAAAUCUGUUUCGUCCAUGUCUGAGUUCGAAAGUUUGCUCGACUGUUCCCCCUACCUUGCCGGUGAAGCUACCCGAGGCAAGAAGCUGCCCAACAACCCUGCCUUUGCCUUUGUGGGCACCCAGCCGGCGGACUCAGAGAAGGAUGCCCAGGAACAGCCAGGGCUCUCGCCGCGGGACUGCAGCCGCCUGGGCGCCCUGGGCUGCCAGGAGCCGGCAGGAAGGCAGAUGCAGCGAAGCUACACGGCUCCUGAUAAGACGGGUAUCCGCGUGUACUAUAGUCCCCCAGUGGCCCGGCGCCUGGGUGUCCCCGUGGUCCACGACAGGGAGGGCAAGAUCAUCAUCGAGCCCGGCUUCCUCUUCACCACUGCCAAACCCAAAGAGUCAGCCGAGGCUGACAGGCUAGCUGAGAGCUCCUACAGCCGGUGGCUCUGCAACUUCUCACGGCAGCGCUUGGACGCAGGCUCGGGGGGCAGCCCUUCUGCGGCAGGGCCCGGCUUCCCGGCAGCCCUGCAUGACUUUGAGAUGUCUGGCAACAUGAGCGACGACAUGAAGGAGAUCACCAACUGCGUGCGCCAGGCCAUGCGCUCGGGCUCGCUGGAGAAGAAAGUGAAGAGCACGUCCAGCCAGACAGUGGGCCUGGCCAGUGUGGGCACGCAGACCAUCCGCACGGUCAGCGUGGGCCUGCAGACGGACCCACCCCGCAGCGGUCUCCACGGCAAGAGCUGGUCACCUCGCAGCUCGUCACUCGUGUCGGUGCGCAGCAAGCAGAUCUCCUCCUCCCUGGACAAGGUGCACUCGCGUAUCGAGCGGCCGUGCUGCUCGCCCAAGUAUGGCUCGCCAAAGCUCCAGAGGCGGUCCGUGUCCAAACUCGACAGCGCCAAGGACCGCAGCCUGUGGAACCUGCACCAAGGCAAGCAGAAUGGCUCCGCCUGGGCCCGCUCCACCACCACACGGGACAGCCCUGUAUUGAGGAACAUCAAUGACGGGCUGUCCAGCCUCUUCAGUGUUGUGGAGCACUCGGGGAGCACGGAGUCUGUCUGGAAACUGGGCAUGUCCGAGGCCCGGGCCAAGCCUGAGCCUCCGAAGUAUGGCAUCGUGCAGGAGUUCUUCCGCAACGUGUGUGGCCGGGCACCAAGCCCCACCUCGGCGGCAGGGGAGGAGAGCACCAAGAAACCGGAGCCCCUCUCCCCAGCCAGCUACCAUCAGCCAGAGGGCAUGGCCAGGAUCCUGAACAAGAAGGCAGCCAAGUCAGGCAGCAGCGAGGAGGCCAGACUCUCGGUGCUCCCCCAGGUGGGGAAGGAUGGUGUCCCCCGGGACGGAGAUGGAGCCACAGUCCUUCCCAAUGAGGAUGCUGUUUGUGACUGCAGUACUCAGUCUCUCACUUCCUGCUUUGCCCGGCCGUCCCGCGCUGCCAUCCGCCACUCUCCUUCCAAGUGCAGGCUGCAUCCCUCAGAGUCCGGCUGGGGUGGGGAGGAGAGGGCAGCUCCCCCCAGCGAGUGACAGAGCAGCCGUGCUCCCCACCUCAACCAGCCCAUUCCCUGGAUAGCUGAGGGGAACAAACGGAGAGGGGACGAGGCGAGGGGCCCAUGCCGUCGGCAUCGUCUCGCCCUGGAGGGACAGCAGCUGCACCACUGCCAGACAACAGCAUUCCCAUCCAGGUAAAGCGGGGUCUCCUGCUGACUGCUGGGUGGUGAUCUCUGACUUCCUAGGGGAAGGCAGUGAGUGGAAGGAAGACCACAGCUAGGCUUCGGAAGUGGUUCCAGAGAGAUCCUCUGGGAGCCCAUCCAUUGGGAGAGCCUUGCCUCGUUCUGCCCAAACCCCCUUCUCAGAAGAGCCAAGGAAAGGAUACACUUCUGGCCAUGCUCCUCAGGGGAAAAGGCUCACAGAGAUGUUCCCUGCCAACCACGUCCUCCUUCACGGGGAGGAAACACCAAUGAGAAGAACAGUCUUUGCUGUAAGAGUCAACGUGGGGUUCCUGGUGAAGCUGAGGUGGGCAUCAUCCCCAUCCCUUCCUUCUCCCCACUUCUUCCUCCUCCCAGCCCCACUGCUCUGGAUUGCUAUGGCUCUAGGGGGUAUGAUAGGGCAGUAGCCAGGGCCAGCAUCUGCUUGGAAUCCUGGAGCCCUGGAUCUCCCUGUGCAUAGCCUAGAUGCAGCAAGGACUGGAAGAUGAGGUAGAAAAGUGUGGGGCUCAGGGUUGGGUAGCCACUGGAACUGCCUCCCUGGUCAAGGUGGCUUGCGGGGCACCAACCUUGCCAGGAAACACCUUGAAGACAGAAAUAGGUAGGGUCAGUUUCAAGACCUGGUGCACAGAUAAAUGCCUAAAUACCCACUGCCUUGAUGGCUGGGGGCCUCUUUCCCUGGCACCCUGGAGAGGCGUGACACAUCUCCACUGUGUUUACAUCCUGUGGCUGGUGGAGAGCAAACAUGUUCCCAGUGAGAGACUCCCAACUGGCCACACCAGGCCAAGGAGCACUCCAAGAGGCCAGUGCCCCAGGACGUGCUAGUGGACUGGGGCCUGGAAACACAUUUCCUCGGUUGUUUAUUUGAAGUUUUCUUACUAUAAAUAUUUAAGGUAGUUUUACUUUAUUUUAAUAAUUUAAUUUACCCCAAAGUCCCUAAGGUAAUUUAUUGGAGGUUCUGACAUGUAUUCUUGCCAUUGGGACAAAGUGAGGCUUCUAACACGAUGGACAGGCAUGGGGUCCCCCAUGCCCACGAGGCAGCUCGGCAGCUGAGCUCUGGUCUCUUGGUCAAAUUUGGAGGGCCCCCCCCCCCGGUAGAACUGGAGCCCUGCAGCUUGCUCCCCAGUACCGCUGACCAUCUGGCCUCAGAACACUGCUUUUCACUCACUGCUAGGUACUUGGCUGGCCCCCAGCAGUCAGUCUGUAAACGCUCACUGACAGGGUGGAGGGCUGGGCCGCUGUCCCCACUUCCCAAACAUUCUCCGUCUGCCCUCAUUUUCCUCCCUCCCUCAGAAACCUUUUUUUAAGGAGUCAAACACAGAUUCCUAAGGCUCUGUCAAGAGCAUGGCUAUCUCUCCAAAUUCCCCAAAUGAGAACUCACAGGAAAACAGGACUGAACUUCGAGAAUGUUGUUUAUUGCAGCUUUGCACAUGGACCUGAGAGUGCCAGCCUGCCUCAGCUCUCACCACCUGCCAGCCUUCUCACCAGCCUCUUUCCUUAGCCUUAUGGCCUCUCCUGGCCCCUGUUCCAGCCCCAGCUCCACUGCCCGCCCUUGCCCACGUCCCACGUGAGCUGCCUGAGCCAUCAGACAGACUCUGCCAUGUGGCUCAUUGCAAUGUGGCGGGAAAGGCCUCAGCUGGCCUCCCUGUCGGUGCCAGUAAACCCAUUUCGGUUGCACACAUGCCCCCACACACGCAGAUGCGUGGACCUCCUGCAACUGGCUGGGGGCCCAGAGUGGAAAUACCAGAAUAAAGCCACUUGUCUGUGGAAUUUAGGAAGACCAAAAGCCAGCAGUUUUGCUUGUUUGUCCCCAGGACUCAGGAGACACCUCUGCAUUCCCACCUGCUCCCAGUCCUGCCCUUUCAGGGUCACCUGGACAAGUCACCAAAGUCCUUCAUAUCCAUUCCCAAUGGGCAGAAUGUGAGGGUCAUGUCGGUCUGACCAGGUACUUCCUUAUGCCAUAAUGACUUGUGCGGGCAGAGUGGGCAGGCCAAUGGAGCCAAGAGCCUGUCCCCUUUGGGGUGCCACUGCUCCCACCCAAAAGGUCAGGGGGCCCCUCCAAGGUUAUGUCCGGGUGAGGGGAUUCACACCAGGCCACACGCCACCAGAGGCCUUCUGCCAUCUCCCCAAGCCGUGGAGGGUCAGGGAGGUAGCACUCCCAGCCUUGGGGAGAUAUCCUCGCGAGACCUGAGCCCUGAGGCUUACGGACCGCCCAGCCUUACCAUCGUCCUCGUCCAAGUUUGUCCUUGCCAUCUCUUGUCUCAGCGCCUGGCUGCCUGGCCCUCCAGUUGGUGUCAGAGGCUCCAGAUCUUGGUUUUCAAUACUUCCUGCAUGCCACUGUGCAAGGUCACUCAUCACUGUUCCUACAGAAGCCUCUGGACAUGGGGCUUGAUGGGGUUGAAAAUGUUAUGUGUAAAUAUUGGUUUGGUUUGAUUUUUAGCAUUUUAAUUAGUAACUGGUUGUGUUUUCUUUUUUGGGGUGUGGGGGGUUGGUUUGUAAAAUCUCUACUCUUUUGGAAUGUAAUUUCUAAGUUUGUUUCUUCAAAUGCCUUUUAAGUCUUGGUAACAUUCCCAAAGCAGAAAACUGCCUGACCCACAGUGGGGAUUCCCCUGGAGCACCCAGGAAGGAACACUGCCCUUCUUCUCAUUUUCCCCCUUCCUACUCCUCCGCUGCCAUUUUACUCCCAGAACUUUUUCCUCCUCUUCCUUCUCCCUGACUCCCUCUAUCCUUCUUCCUUUUCUGCCAUCUCCACUCUCUUCCACCAAAGUCCCAAGGAACCCAGGGGUCCUAAUUUCCUACAGACCACUAGGCUUAUUGUGUUGGCACCAGUUGGCUGGGGAGGGGUCACAGGGGACCCUGAUUGACCUAAUUGACCUGGUCAAUUGCCCAGAUUGACCUAAACUGGAUGACCUCAUGUUUUCUGUGCCUGACCAUUUCCCAAAGCCAAACUAGAUCCUCCUGGUGGCAGUGAUUGUGUUUGAAAUGAAAAUCAGACCAUGUUGGCACAUCAGUGGCUCCUAAAUCUUGCAUGCACAAGGCAUCUGUGUCCAGUUUCUUGUCUCCCUGUUUUCCUCCCACUUUGAUCCCCACCAAAGACUGACCAAUUUAAAACCACCUCCAAGAGGUCUUGCUUUCUGUGAACUCAAAAUGGGCCCCACCUCUUGGUCUUCCCCCAGGGACACUCCUCUCCCAGUUGCUCUCCCAGAUGACAAAGUCAAGGGCCCAAAGACUUGACCCUCUUACACGCUGACCACUAUAUGGUUCCAUCAUACCCAUCCCUGUGCACCUUUCACGGUUUCAUCACCAGCCUGUUGUCCUCUUGCCCACCCAACUUUCAGGCUCUUCCUCCCUCUCCCCUCCCAUCCAGAAUGUCCCUCACCUUCCAGCCUCACCAGCCCCCACAAGCUCCCACUACCUCUUCAGUCAUAAUAAUCAUCAUCCUGUACACACCCCACCUAGAGCACUUUACUAUCUAGAAAUUGCUCCCCUCUCCCCUUCCCCCCACCCCUCCACACACACCCCCCCCCCCACCACCCCGUCUCCUUCAGACCUCUCAGGGACAGCUCUGGGAGGCAGCCUUGGUAGGAUGGGUUAGUGCAGAUAAGGAAACUGAGGUGCAGGUCUCAUCCCAGAGUCCCCUAACUGGGAAGUCAGCGAGCCUAGACUAGGACCUGGGUCCAUCAGAUCCCCUGGCCCAACUCCAUCCUUCUUGCUGUGUAAACCCACUGCCCCACUGGGGGCUUUUUUGUGUAGGUACAAAACACCCAGAAUAUGCCACUACCUAACCCAGACACGAAACCAUGCAAUGGUCACCACUAUCCAUUUCCAGAACUUUUUAUCACCCAAGCUGAAAUUGUACCCUCUGAACAAUAACACCUCCCCACCCCCUCACCAAGUCCCUGGUAACCUCUGUUCUACUUUCUGUCUCUAUGAAUUUGUCUAUUCUAGGUAGUUCAUAUAAAUGGAAUCAUAGUAUCUGUCCUUUUGUGUCAAACCCCCUCAACUUUUUAGAUGAAAAAUCAGGCCCAGAGAAGAGAGUGGCUUGCCCAAGGUCAAACUAAACAGGACCAGACCCAUGUUUCCUGACUCUCAGCAGGUGCUGCAUCCCCAGCGGUGAAUGAGACCCCUCCACCCUGACAUUCUUUGCUCUUGGUCGAGCCCUUUCCUCUCUCUGGGAUCAGUCUGUUCACUACCCCACCCCUCCUCCUGCCCAUCCUCUCUGUUACCAUCUUCCACCAAAACUCCUCUCCUCCUGCCUCCUCUUCUCAGCUGGUUCCCACCAACAAACCAAGUGCCCUGGCCCUUGGCCAGGUGUUCUUCUUAACACCCGAGCUUACCUUAGCACCCAUCCCUUAAUGCUCCCAGAACAGCUUCUCCAGCUCGGCUCCCUUGCCAUGGAUUUCCCUGGUACGUCAGCAACCCCUCCCUGCCCCCCUCAGGCUCACAUUUCCAUCCUGUCCAGGAAGUGCCUGUGUCUGUGGUCGUCCAUCUCUGAUGUUUGCUGUCACAUUUGGUGGUGUUUCUUGGGUUCUGCUUUAUUUAUUUUGUGUUUUCUCACACUAAAGGAGGCACCUUUCCAACACCUCAGACAGCAUUAGCCUUGCCAGCCCUUCACAUUGGGUUUGGCCCCAGCGACCUCCCAGCUGAGCAGGACAUCCCCUAGGUCCACUCUUGAACCUUAUUAUCUUCUCUGUCCCAGGCUCAGGACCCCAUCACCGUCCACUGUUGGGUGGGGCAGACUUGAAUGCCUCCUUCCGGGCUCCUGUACCCUCCUCAGUCCUGCCUAGCCUUGUUUGGAAAGCAGAUGUAGCCUGGCUUGGGUUCUUCUCUUCCUAGGUCAUUCACCCAUUGGUCUGUCUGUACAUUUGACACCACACUAUCCUCUCUGCUCUUCCCUAGGCCUCACUGCCUCCAGAAUAGCUUAUCCUAGCAGAACCUCGCCCAGGCUUUACAAAUUACCCCUCCCAAUGGCGUUUAAAGUUUGCAAAAUCCAUAGACCCAAGAACCUCAAGGAACAUGAUGCUGGGCCCACAUCCCUUGCCCAGGGGUCCUCCUCACCGCCUGCUACUCUUCCCUCACCCUCCUUGGACCCUCCCUUGUUUAUCUCAUCAGCCCUGUUUCCUUCCCUCCUUGCCCUUGACCAGCCCAUGAGACCCCAGACCCUAAGGAAAGAAGCUCUGGUUUCCAAUAAGGAUCCUUGGAGGGCUGAGGUAGUCAGGGCUUGGAUGCUUUGUUACAGUCAAUUCUGAUACCAAACUGUUCUGUGAAGAGGAACCUCAGCUGGGAAUCUGGAGACCUGGUCCAAGUGUGAGAUCUCUUCUCCAUUUGCCUGGUUCUAAGAGCCUCCCCAUUCUGUGAUUUUAUGAUGUGCAUCAGGAUUAUCCUCAGGGCCCCAGAACACCCCUUGUGUUUUGGGAUCCUGCAUCACCAUCCUCUCUCCACUGGACCCUGGUAUCCUGGCUCUCUCUCUACUCUGCCUCUGAUCUCUGUGCCUUAGUUUAUUUCUCUGCACAGGGGACUCACCACAAGACUAUUCCCAGAAGCUUCCCAGGUAUUUUGGUGCCUCAAAGGCUGGGCCUUGCCGGCUGUGGUCCGGCUCCCUGUCACUGCCUCAGGACACCAAGUUGCUGAGAAUGAGGUGCCUGGAGGUUCUCAAAGCAGCUGGAGCAUCACCUGGGAACUUGACAGAAAUGAAAAGUACUGGCCCCACCCAAGACCUUUGGAAUUAGAAAUUCUGUUGUGGGGCCCAGCAAGUUGGGGGUUAUUAAUAAGCCCUCCAGGUGAUUCUCAUACAACAGGAGUUGGCCAACUGCUGACCUACACUAGCAAUCAAUCAGUGUAGCCUGGUGAAGGACUGAGGCUGGCCCAGACCAGGAACAGGUGGAAAAUACCAAUCUCAUCUAGAUGCCUGAGAGACUGGGAACUCUCCCUGCCCACCCCUCCCUGCCAAACAAAACAACUAUGUCCUUCUUUUCCUAGAAGCUGGAGGGCAGGAAGAAGGCUAUAAUUUUCCUUUCCCUGCCUCUGGCUUAGUUCCAGCUCUGCUCAUAAAAGGCCGUGUAGGGUUGUGCUAGCCAGGCAGCAGGUAUGAGUCCUUGGGGGGGGGGGGGGGGGAGGGGGAGCAGGAGAAAAACACCCUCACCAUGUAUCCCUUGGUAACCUCACCAUAGGAGCAUGGCCUCUCUUCAUGUAGUAAAAAACCUAACUCCUCAAGGAAAGAAUCCUAAAUCCCUAGCUCCUCCCCUUCCUCCUUCCACCUCCAGGGAAACUGAAUAGACAGUGCCAAAAAACAGCUCCAACACCCAGCAGCUGGGGAAGACAGCCAGAACCUGUCGUCUCACCUUGGCCCUCCUUCCCCAACACCUGCCAAUACUGUGAAGCCCCCUUCCUGCCCAGCCUGGUUUCUUGGUGAGGGUCCUGCAGUUGUGGGCCCUGGGGGGCCCCCAGGGAAGGGCCUUUGGGAGGGAAGGGACCAAGGGCAUCCUUGGGCCAAACUGUCUGCCUCUCCUGUCCACUGUUUUCUCUUCCCCACUUCUGUCUUCAAAAGGCUCCUUCCCAAGAUGGAUUGGGUGCUAGGACAACUGGUCCAAUCCGCCAGCUAUCCCUGCCCCUGUGUCUUAUUUCAGACAUAAGAAUAACUGUACAGUGUAAACUUACAAAAGGUUUUUAAUGGUUGUAGAUUGGAAAUAAAGUAUGUCAUAUGAAGAGUUUCCUUGGA